GCUCGGCAGAAGGGCAGGACCGCAUCCCGGAGCUGCCCGGAGUGGCUAGCUCUUUAUCCACACGCAAACAUUUCGUCUUUGGUUGAAUUAUACCAAAGAGGGGGCUCUCUCGGAGCUUCGCCGCCGGCGCUGCUCCCCGACCUCAGCGGGAAACUGGAGUGAGAGACUCCUGCCGACACCGACCGAGAAAGUGACGGACGGAACGGAGCCUGCUCACCGGGAUUUUACAUCGCAUCGCAUCAGUUUAGGAUAUCUCAGGCAGCUAUUUUGGCCCUGCCUCCGCUUCCUUCAGGGUAUCUCACACUGUAUUGCCUAAAUAAGAAUAACAACAACAAUUCCGUUUCACGCCGGGUCUUCUUGUCGCGAGGCAGGCGGACCACUUUAAAUCCAUGCGUAACAGCGGGGAUUUUGGAAUACCGUGUAGCUCGCGCAGCCUUUCCGAUAAGAGUUGUGUGAUUUGGAGAUAUCUUCAAGCGAGAGGAAGAACGGCCAGGACCCAUCACUUUGUUUCGGAGGCUAAACGCUGAAAACCCCUCAGCGCACUUUUGGUGCGCAAUCCUUCCGAGGACGCUCCUGAUAUUGCCGACCUGCGCUUUUGCCCUCGACCAAAAAAAAAAAAAAAAAAGAAGAAAAAAAAAUUGGCACCCGAAUCGAGGAAAAAAAAAAAGGGCAAAGCUUAUUAACUUUGCAUGCUAGAGGCUAGAGUGUGGAAUCUAAUUUGCAGGGUUACCGGUGUAUUUGCAUACCACUGGAAGACGAGGAUAAACUUAAUCAACGUUUGACAUCGACAAAGCAGCAGCUGGAUUUGGGGGGAACAGAAUGAAUCCUUUUUAAUUUGGACCGCAGCAGUAUGAGGCAGAUUGCUCAGUGAAUGCUACGAUCUGCAUGGAGUUCUAGUCUGCACUACGGAGCAUAUUUAUGAUUGGCCGCAGAACUCCCUCGGCUGUAGUACUGUGCCCACCUCACCAUGCUGGCCUGUCUGCAGAGGAGGCAAAACCCUCCAUCCCAGCACCCGAUGUGUGCCAGCAAGACUCUGGAGCCACCGCAAGCUCUUGGACGGAAAUGUGAACUGGUGGUGCCCACGCAUUCCCCACGCUACCCCACUGCAGCAGAACUUGAUGCCUACGCUCAGAAGACAGCCAACAGCCCGCUGUCCAUCAAGAUCUUCCCCACCAACAUCAGGGUUCCCCAGCACAAGCACCUUAACCGGACUGUGAAUGGCUACGACACCACAGGGCAACGCUACAGUCCCUACCCACACCUCCACACAGGUGGCUACCAGGGGCUCCUCGCCAUUGUCAAAGCCUCCUCCUCAUCAUCAUCAUCGUCAACAUCUACCUUUGUUGCUUCUAAAGGUGUUCUCAAAAACUCAGAAGGCAGACGGACUAAGCUCUCUCCAGCCCAUAUAGCUGUUGCCCCAUAUCCGCCCUCUAGUAGUAGCACUUUAGCCAGUGGCCAUGGCCAGAUGGUAUACCACACCGGGCCCUCGAAACCUCCGGAGGGCCCCGGACUCUCCGUUCCCCCGAAUGUCACUGUAGCAGGCUCAGUGAUUCCCGUAACAGGGGGCCGAAGCCUGGCCCUGCCCGCACAGUCCAACCUCCCCUCCAUCCAGAGCAUCAUCUAUCAGAUCAACCAGCAUUGCCAAGCCCAGGCUUUGCAGCAGGUGUGUCAGGGGGCGGCCACCGUACCUUCGAAUUCCAGCCCCUCCAAACAGGGCACGGCCGUCAUAGGCGUCUCUUCUAGCUCCUCAGGCGGAGGCUACGUGGUAGGAUUGGGUCCCCAGGCUAACAUGGUGUACACAGGGCCAGGACUGCAAGCCCAGUCUGCAGAGGCGAUGAAGAGCGGCAUGUACUCAGAUAGUAUGGACUAUAUCCUUUGGCAAAAGCAGCAGCAGCAUCAACAGCAGCAGCAGCAGCAGCAACAGGCUGUGCUCCGUAUGUAUAGUGGGGGCAGUGGAGGAGGGGGCGCCAUCAGCAAGUCCCCCCCUGAGACCUGCGUUCCAGGGGGAGGGAUUAUGGCGGCCCAAGUGUCCUCCUCCUCUUCUAGACCUUACCACCUGACGGCGAGCGCGAGCGGGGGAGGCGGGCUGGACAAAGUCACCUCGUCCCCUUUGAACUGCGUUGGUAUGCAUGGGAAUUUCUCAGUGGGUCAAUACUUCGCACCGCCGUGGAACAGCGUGCUGGUGACACCCGACAGUGACUGCUACAACCCCCAGGAGCUUUUGGGCACCUCCACGGGAGGGCCGGCCACCGGGCACAGAGAGAUGGGCUAUCCUCACCACCAUCACCACUACCACCAUCAUCAUCACCCCGCUAUCGACAGCGGGGGAGGCUUGUGCUGCAGCCUGCCCAGCAAGAGCUUGUGCAACACAUCAGUGCUGAGCAGCAGCUUGCAGUCUCUGGAGUACCUGAUCAACGACAUCCACCCACCCUGCAUCAAGGAGCAGAUGCUUGGCAAAGGCUACGAGACUGUGUCUGUGCCACGUCUGUUAGACCACCAGCAUGCACACAUCCGCCUCCCUGUUUACAGAUAGAGGGGGAAGAAAAGGAGGGGAAGAAUCAAGAAUUGUGAAUUUGUUGAAGAGAAUCAAAGUCAAAGAACAGAUGUAUUUUGGGGGUACGGAGUUGUUUGUUGUACCACUGCUGUUACUAGUGUGGGAGCUUAGAGAAGCGCAGCGUGACCUGAAGUUACUAGGCAGCCGGUGGGAAUCCCAAAUGCAAAAGGUGGUAGUGAUUGCCAGUGGGAAAGAAAAGGGAUUUCAAGAUUCUCCUGAUGUUCCAUUGUGUGGUUUGCCAAUAGGAUUUUUGGAUUGCUUUAUUUUUUUUCUUAAGUUUUAUUUUUUUUGGGUUUUGUUUUGUUUUACUUGCCUGAACUUGUUUUUAUUGAGAAUCCUAGCUUGAGAUGAAGUGCAUACGCCACUUGUAUCCCCUUUCCAAAUACUAUAGAUGAAGCUACUGUGUAGGAUGUCACUGAAAUGGUCUUAAAAGGGCCAAAGUUGAGGGCUGCUCACAAAAUCCAAACCUCUACAUCAACAUGUACACAUUCAAAACUGUACUGACAAAUGAGAAGAGCAAGACUGUAGGCAGUACUCGGGUGUUACAUACAAGGAACAUAAGGUUGAAUUAAAAGGAUAGUACAAUAUUAGUUAUUAUUGCUGUUAUAAUUGAUACAUAAAUUGCACUGCUUGAAUUUUGUUAACUUUGAAGUUUGGAAUUGGGUAGUUUGGAUAUGAUAUAUUUAAGAAACUUGAAAAACUUGAAACUAUUUUUUUGUUGUUUGAUAUAUUUGUAGGUAUAUUAUAUGUAUUGGCUGCUAUGGGGAAAAGUGUCUCAAAUGCUUUUUUUUUUUGUUAUUAUUAUUAUCCACAUUUGUUUUUAUGAUUUAAUAAUUCCUCCACAAGCUGAUGUGCAGUCUCUUAUGUCCUGGUUUGAGGCAUAGCUGCUGCUUUGGUUCUGUAAGAACCUAUUCAGAGAGCUCUUUUUUCUCUUAACCAACACUGGAAUCUACAAUAAAUCUUGAAAUACUUAUUUAAAAAGAAAAUGUUGCAAAAAAUACAAGAAAAAGAAAUGUUACAAUGAAGAAUGUGACUGGGAGGUUAUCUGCAUAACCUUACAUGUAUGUUAAUGCGUGUAUGUGACUGAGUGCAUGCGUGUGUGUGCAUUUUAAUUUGUGUUCUUCAAAAUCCUCAGACUUUUUUUUUUUUUUUUUUUUAAAUGUCAUUACAAGAUUUCUACCGCCGAGACUGAAAAGACUGAUUCACCAGUCCCAUAAGCGUUAUAUCUGAGUAAUGUACAGGAGAUUGGUUGCAAAUCUUGCUCCCUCAUAAUGGAGGCUUUAGAUUUUUCCGCGGAGCAAGUGUGGAGAUCGAGUUUCUCACACUGGCUCCUUUAUAACUGUAGUUAUAGCACUGCGGCCUCUUUGUCCAUCAGGUGUUUUCAUUGAGGACAGAAAGUGGUGGAAACAGAUGGAGAUGGUAUCCCGAGGGGUACAAUUCACUCCUAAUCCUGCAAACAAAAAAAAAUAAAAUGAAAACAAUCAUGCCCUGUCCUCUGGCAUCAGAUGAAAUGAGAUGAAGUUCACUGCUUUCUUUGUCCAUUUCAGUCCCUGGUUGGGCUGCAUUUAGCCCCGGCCAGUCUUAACUUGAUGAUUCAGAGCAGUGAAAUAUUUAUUAUGACUGUGAGAUUCCCUUGAAUGUACUGCACUUAAAUUACUGCGAUGUUUUAUUGCCUUGUGGGACUCGAGUGAAAGAGAAAAAUUGGAUCAGUGCAGCAGUCCUCUGGUCUUAAAUUAGCAUUUCUUUUGUCAGUCAACUUUCAGUGGUAAAUUGAAUUUAUUAACUGGAGAGAGAGAGAGCGAGCACCAGAGCUUUGUUGUGGGGAAAUACUGGCAUCAGUCUAGAUUUAUGAAGUGCAAUUAUUAUGACUGUAUUAACAUUUUUUCUCUGAGCUUACACCAAAAAAUGUAAACUACAGUUGUCAAUACAUUCCCAAUGUACCACAUCCCUAAUCCUUAUUCUUUUCUUUUCUUUCUUUUUUUUUUUUUUUUUUUUUUUUUUGAGGUGUAAAAUAAAUUUCUUUAAGAAUAUAUUCGGAAGCCAUGUUUUGGCUUUGAAGUCUGUCAUUAUUUUUUAACAUGCGUCCUCUAGAAAUCAGUCGGCAGUUGGGCCCCUUGCGUCAGCAGCUCUGCGAGAUCCAGAGCGGAGAUCCUGUAUUUGUACUGCAGCGCUAAACCUCGGACACCGAGCGCUCUGUAUGUUUAAUAGAUCACAUUUUAAAUGUUUACACUCUGGCCACCCAAAGACAAAGGGCAGACAGCACCACUGGAAAAAGAGAUUAUUUACCCAAGAACAUGACGAACGUGUUGGACUUAAGGGAAG